AUUGAAAGGAGGCUUAGAAGGAGGAGCUGAAGCCAGAGAGGUUCCUGUGACAAUGGCUGUCACCACCCCAACCCUCUCAGAAAUCAGAGGGAGGACAGCGGAGCCCGGCACUCUGCAGGUCACUCCCAGCAGCCUGGACAGAGAUAAAGAGCAAAGCAGCAACAUCUUUUCUGGGUUCGCGGGACUCCUCUCCAUCCUCCUGGUCAUCACGGUUUUCUGCGUCCUGUGGAACUGGAAUAAACGGAAGAAGUGGCAAGCUCCUUAUCUCCGCACUACUGUCGGGCCCUCGCUGACUCUGCCUAGACAAAGACAACGAGCCAAAAAUAUUUAUGACCUCUUGCCCCGCAGGCAAGAAGAGCUGGGGAGACAUCAGCCGAGGAGUAUCCGUAUUUUCAGUACCGAGAGCCUCCUCUCCAGAAAUUCUGACAGCCCUCCCUCUGAGCACAUGCCCUCCCAAGCAGGCACUGCCUUGCAGGCGCAUAGAGCCCAUCCUUAUGCCGUGGGGUAUGCAGUGGGCAUCUAUGACAAUGCCAUGGGGCCCCACGUGUGUGAGAACCUCACUCCUUCAGCACACUACGUCAACAUCGGAGCUUCCAGAGAUUGCCCGAGCAUUUCUUCAGAGGAUUCGAGAGAUUACGUCAAUGUCCCCACAGCAGAAGAAAUUGCUGAGUCUCUGGCUUCUACCAGCAGCCCUCCUGGGAACCUCUUUGACCUCCCAAGAGCCCAGGAGCUGGAGUUUCCUGAGGAAAGAGACGAGGGCUGUGGGAAUGCCAGUGACUGCCCCAGUUUUUGGUCUCCAGGAACUGAGAGCAGUGAUCCACUCAGCGAUGGGGAAGAUUCUUCUCAGACCUCAAAUGACUAUGUCAACAUGGCGGGGUUGGAUCUCGGGGCCAUUCAAGGGAAGCAGCCCUGGGCGGCUGUUCAGUGCUGCAGAGAUUAUGAAAAUGUCCCACCAGCAGAUUCUAAUGAAAACCAGCAGCAGGUGGAGGAAGAAGUGACAUCCUCAAACACAGACCGUGUAGAGGGCAGGACAGAUGGUCCAGGGACCCACAUCCAACCUGUCAUGCAGUCAGGGAGAUUCUUGGCUUUAGAGGAUUAUGUAGCCUGUUGGUCCUCUGCACAGAGUGAGAACAGUCAGAUGAAACAUGGAGAAGAGGUGUCAAACGAGGACUCCAAUGACUAUGAGAAUGUGCUAGCUGCCAAGUUAGGAGGCAGGGACUCUGAGCAGGAGCCUGAGACACAGCUCCUUCCUGAUGAGUUAAGAUCCAGCCACCCAGCUGGAAAGCCAUGAAAGGUCUAUCCUGCCAGAUCCAUAGCCACCACAGGGUCUAGUGAAGACCCUUGACCAUCCUGUAUUUCAGUGGUUAGGCUGAAAAGAGGCUGAAAUAAGUACGGAGCUAAGAGGCUCACAAAAGCAGAGGUUUGGGAAAGGCAGAAAGAAAUUCUUCUCAAGUUGGGUGCUGUUAUCUCUCAUACCAACCUAAGAAUGUUUCCUGAAACCACCUUCUAGGACUGUUAGGAGAUUAAAAAUGGGAGAGUACUUUAGUGCACAGUGGAAACAUGCACUAGUCUAAAAUCGUUACCUUCACUUAUACCAGCAGGCUGCAAAGCAAAAAUACAGAUUGUUUUGUAAUCCAGGCAGAAGCCAAAAGGAAGGAAGAUGUUGGGAUACAGGUGGGGA